UCUCUGCUGUAAGACACACUCGCUCAGCUGUGGCCACAGUUGAUUCUCUUACAAACAUGAAUCUAUUGGUUUUUGUGUUCCUGGCGGCUGCCGUUUGCGCUUCUGAUAUUGAGAAGCGAGAUGCGGAGCCCGGCCUCAAAUAUUUGCGCCCACAUUAUACCCCAUACCGUCAUCAUGCUGGUAAAAGGGAGGCAGAACCAGAGGCUGAUCCAACUUAUCAUUUACACUACGUUUCAGCAUACCCUUACUUGAAUAAACCCUAUCGCUAUCAGAGAUCUGCAGAGCCAGAGGCUGAACCUACAUACCCUCGUUACUAUGUCCCAUCUUACCCUCACUUGAAUCUCUAUCGCCACGUAAGAUCUGCAGAGCCAGAGGCUGAACCUACCUACCCUCGUUACUAUGUCCCAUCUUACCCUCACUUGAAUCUCUAUCGCCACGUAAGAUCUGCAGAGCCAGAGGCUUAGCCUACCUACCCUCGUUACUAUGUCCCAUCUUACCCUCACUUGAAUCUCUAUCGCCACGUAAGAUCUGCAGAGCCAGAGGCUGAACCUACCUAUCCUCGGUACAAUGUUCCGUCCUACCCUUCAGUGAAAAGCCACUACCGCUACGUGAGAUCUGCCAGAAGCUGAACCUACCUACCCACAUCUCUAUAUUCCAUCAAACUACAAUGUGAAUUCCCACUAUCGCUACUAAAUAUCUGAAGAA